GUGUUUGUUACAUUCAGCUCGCGCGGCGCGUCACAGCAGAAGUUCUUUCACUCUCUCGCGCGUCUGAUCUACUGAAGAUCUUCACCGGAGAACAUCAGUGAAGUGAGUUAGUAAAGUUUAUCAAGGGAAGUUUAUUAGUCAGGUUAGUUGUGGUGAUCUGGAGUAAGACAUGCCGCAGCUGAACGGCGGUGGGGGGGAUGAUCUCGGGGCGAAUGAUGAGAUGAUCGCGUUUAAAGAUGAGGGAGAUCACGAGGAGAAGAUCCGCGAGGAGAACGCGUUCACGAGCGACCUGGCCGAUCUCAAGUCCUCUCUGGUGAACGAGUCCGAGAUCAACUCCAGCCCUGCUGCUGCUGUGAUCAGAAGAGGACACACAGAAGAUCACAGAGUUUACACUGAUAAACGACAACAUCUGGAUGAAGUGGCAAAACAUCAAGAUGGUGGAAUGUACAAGUCACCGUAUUCCGGAUACCCGUUUCUGAUGUUGCCUGAACCGUAUCUGCCCAACGGACCCGUCUCACCGUCUUCCAACAAGGUGUCGGUGGUUCAGCAGGGAAUGCAUCCUCUGACUUCUCUUCUGCCCUACGAUCACUUCAGUCCCAGCCCGACUCACAUCCCCACUGACAUCAGUCAGAAAACAGGUGUUCAGAGACAUCAAUCACAGGAGAUCUCCGGCUUUUACUCGCUGCCUCAGGGUCAGAUCACUCCACCCAUGAACUGGUCCAAUCAGCCCGUCUAUCCUCUUCCCUCCUGUGGUUUCCGGCAGUCGUUCUCCUCCAGUCUCCAGGCCGGCUCAUCUUACCCCAGGUUUUCUCAUUCGCUGAUGCUUCAGUCGGGCAUGCACCCCACAGGCAUCCCACACCCCGCCAUAGUGCCCGCUUCAGGCAAACAGGAGCACGACCAUUUCGACAGGAGCAUGUAUCUAAAGCCUCAUCCAGAAGGAAAGCGUGAGAAGGAGCCCAAGAAGACGGUAAUAAAGAAACCGCUGAACGCCUUCAUGCUGUACAUGAAAGAGAUGAGAGCUAAAGUCAUCGCCGAGUGCACGCUGAAGGAAAGCGCCGCUAUCAACCAGAUCCUCGGCCGACGGUGGCACGCUCUGACCCGUGAGGAACAGGCUAAAUACUACGAACUGGCCCGGAAAGAGCGACAGCUCCACAUGCAGCUCUAUCCCAGCUGGUCUGCCCGAGACAACUACGUGGCAGGAGCAGCUUUGCCAAACUGUAGCCCAGGUGGAGAGGCAGAGGCAGGGCCACAGGGUAAAAAGAAGAGGAGGAAACGUGACAAACAACAUGACUCCAGCACAGACCCCGGCUCGCCAAAGAAAUGCCGCGCUCGCUUUGGCCUCAACCAACAGACGGACUGGUGCGGCCCCUGCAGAUAACUCUCUUGACUGUUCCUAGGAGGAAAAAGAAGUGCAUUCGAUACCUUCAAAGAGGACUCUGCGCCAGCCCCCAUUCUUCCGAUGGAAGCGCUAUAGACUCCCCCCCUUCAGCCGCCUCUCCCCCACACUGCUCCUCCUCUUGCCCCGCCUCCCCAGUCAGCAGCCCCUGCCCACAGAGCAUGAAACGCCCCUCCCACCCAGCCAGACUCUCACUCGACCUCAACAGAGUUAAAACAGAAAACACCAGACAUCAGUCACAAUGAAUGACAUCCAGACGCACACUUCGAUUACGUCUCGAAAAAACUCUCCAUCCUUCAGCUUGUCGCCAAUAAAAAUGAAAGCCAUCUGUGGGUGACCCAUCUGACAUUUAAAAACUUGAUUUUCGAAGAGUGUGCCCGGGUGAAACUUCAUAAAAACCAAUGUAGUAGUUUGUACAUUCUUAUCACGAUGCAGAGAAAUGAAUCUAGUUUGUUCUUGUUUUUCUGAAAAUGUGUGUGAGACUGUUGCUGAUUGGCAUGACAUCACUGGACUGUGAGUAGGAUAAUCGUCAUGUCUUUACAUCAAUGCAGUCUUUGUCAGUUCUCAUAAGUGUUGUAAAAGGUCAUCUUUUAUAGAUACGAAAGGCCGCCAAUAAAAAACUUUUAUGUUUUUUGUAAAAGAAAAGAAAUACAUUCCUUUGCUAUUCAUACAAGUGCCAUUUGAUAGCUUUUGUUGUGUAGAUGUGUUUUAGUGUGCUGUGCCUGUCACACAUUCAAACAGUGCUGUAUGAAACUAUGUUUAUCUAGAAAUCAUUCAGGAUUUUCUCAGGUCUGUUCUCAAACAGCAGCGGCAGCGACGUAACAUCUUCAGUGUUCACCAACAUAUGCCACACUCCAUCUCAUGUUUUUGCUUUUCAUGUGAUAAUCAUUUAGUUUAUUAAAAUAUUUUAAAAAAUCUUUUCAAGAGACUUUUUUCAAGGAUCAGGGCCCAGUUCUGAUCGUAAUUGAAAUCUUUGUGACUAUGGACUUUUUCUCAGCAGCUGCACUUUCAAAACUUUUGUUUGUAGCAGAAUAUUAUUAAAUGCGUACAGUAUGAAACUUCCAAUUUUGCAAUGAACAAGGUCUUGAUUUUCCACCGAUGAAACAGAAGUGGUAUCAAGUCAUUUGAAAUGUUUUUUGCUUAUUUCAGACAAUAAAAAGUAAAAUAAGGAUAACAGGAGACCACUCUCUAAGCACAUGUGCAGUACACUUUGUUUUCUUUUAAGAUGAUUAAACAUGAUGACCAUUGUCCUUGAGUCAUGAGUAAGCUGCAUAACCGUACAUGUGCUUCUGUAUGUGUAUAUUAGGGCUGUGCAAAUAUAUCGAUACAUGUAAAUAUUUUUUGAUACCUCUACUAUCGAUACUUUUUUUAAAAUCAUGUCAUAUACAUACGGCCAAAAGUAAGUGGAAGCGAGCAUGGUGAAAAAUAUAAGAACGCUUGGAGCUCUCAGAGCUGAUGUGUGGGUGUGCUUUGUUUUCAAAAUAAGUCAUGUAGCAAUGAGUUAUAUCAAAUAAUGCUGUUUGUAGGCUUCACAUGUUAUGACACAAGUCACUUGGCUACUGCAGUGCAUUAGACAGAAAGUUUAUUAAGAAAAGUAACAAUGACAUUUAUUGAGAUUAUAUACGGAUGUGACACCAGCACAUUUACAGCACUGAUGAAGCAGUGGUUUUAUUCUGCCCAUGUUCAGUGUUUUAACUGUAAUGCACCACAACAGCCAAGUGACUUGCGUGAGCCGCCUUAUUCCCCUGUGCUACCCACUUGAGGGGUGCUAUCCACAGUUUGAGAAGCCAAACCUCUGAUCUAAAGGUCCAUGCAUCGCACAUCAUGGCCACUCUGCAGAGGUAAGGGAUGUUUUUACACUUAUCCUUACAGAAAUCCCCCGCUGGUGCACAGCAUGUUGUAUUUCUAGCUCUACUUUUACAUUUUCUAUUUAAAGUAUUGCAAUAUAUUGCAAAUGUGUAUCGUAUCGAAAUACAUAGCAAUAUAUUGUAUCGUGACCCAUCUAUCGUGGUAUGUAUCGUAUCGGGAGGCACUUGCCAAUACACAGCCCUAGUAUAUACAGUGGGGCAAAAAAGUAUUUAGUCAGCCACCAAUUGUGCAAGUUCUCCCACUUAAAAAGAUGAGAGAGGCCUGUAAUUUUCAUCAUAGGUACACUUCAACUAUGAGAGACAGAAUGAGAAAAAAAAUCCAGAAAAUCACAUUGUCUGAUUUUUAAAGAAUUUAUUUGCAAAUUAUGGUGGAAAAUAAGUAUUUGGUCACCUACAAAAAAGCAAGAUUUCUGGCUCUCAAUUCUUCUUUAAGAGGCUCCUCUGUCCUCCACUCGUUACCUGUAUUAAUGGCACCUGUUUGAACUCGUUAUCAGUAUUUUUUUUACCUGUCCACAACCUCAAACAGUCAGACUCCAAACUCCACUAUGGCCAAGACCAAAGAGCUGUCAAAGGACACCAGAAACAAAAUUGUAGACCUGCACCAGCCUGGGAAGACAGAAUCUGCAAUAGGUAAGCAGCUUGGUGUGAAGAAAUCAACUGUGGGAGCAAUUAUUAGAAAAUGGAAGACAUACAAGACCACUGAUAAUCUCCCUCGAUCUGGGGCUCCACGCAAGAUCUCACCCCGUGGGGUCAAAAUGAUCACAAGAACGGUGAGCAAAAAUCCCAGAACCGCACGGGGGGACCUAGUGAAUGACCUGCAGAGAGCUGGGACCAAAGUAACAAAGGCUACCAUCAGUGACACACUAUGCCGCCAGGGACUCAAAUCCUGCAGUGCCAGACGUGUCCCCCUGCUUAAGCCAGUACAUGUCCGGGCCCGUCUGAAGUUUGCUAGAGAGCAUUUGGAUGACCCAAAAGAGGAUUGGGAGAAUGUCAUAUGGUCAGAUGAAACCAAAAUAGAACUUGUCGUGUUUGGAGGAGAAAGAAUGCUGAGUUGCAUCCAAAGAACACCAUACCUACUGUGAAGCAUGGGGGUGGAAACAUCAUGCUUUGGGGCUGUUUUUCUGCAAAGGGACCAGGAUGACUGAUCCGUGUAAAGGAAAGAAUGAAUGGGGCCAUGUAUCGUGAGAUUUUGAGUAAAAACCUCCUUCCAUCAGCAAGGGCAUUGAAGAUGAAACGUGGCUGGGUCUUUCAGCAUGACAACGAUCCCAAACACACCGCCCGGGCAACGAAGGAGUGGCUUCAUAAGAAGCAUUUCAAGGUCCUGGAGUGGCCUAGCCAGUCUCCAGAUCUCAACCCCAUAGAAAAUCUUUGGAAAUCCGUGUUGCCCAGCGACAGCCCCAAAACAUCACUGCUCUAGAGGAGAUGUGCAUGGAGGAAUGGGCCAAACUACCAGCAACAGUGUGUAAAAACCUUGUGGCGACUUACAGAAAACGUUUGACCUCUGUCAUUGCCAACAAAGGCUAUAUAACAAAGUAUUGAGAUGAACUUUUGUUAUUGACCAAAUACUUAUUUUCCACCAUAACUUGCAAAUAAAUUCUUUAAAAAUCAGACAGUGUGAUUUUCUGGAUUUUUUUUCUCAUUCUGUCUCUCAUAGUUGAAGUGUACCUAUGAUGAAAAUUACAGGCCUUUCUCAUCUUUUUAAGUGGGAGAACUUGCACAAUUGGUGGCUGA